CCAUCACCAGCGUCACCAGUUGAUGAAUGCCCUGAAAGCCAAUGGGAUCAUCAAGGGGCAUGAGAAGGUCCUCACUAGUUGUUUCAGUCCUCGUCUGCCAGUGGAGAUGGGCCGCAUCAGAGGGUGAGCCUGUGGUGCAGAUUCCCAACAGUGACCUUCAGCUCGCAGUCGAUGCGCCCAAUGGGUAUUGCAUGAAGAUCACUGGGCCUUUCCAAGACAAACCUUUGGUGUCAGCCGCCGCUGAACGUCUUGGAGCUUGGAGCCAUGAGCAGAUCCUGUGCUUGGCUGAUGCGGAUUUGCCAGAGGCCAGUUUUCAAGUUAGUCCGAAUCCAAAGCCGACAGCGGGCGACCAUAGUGACUUCGGCUUUGGUCCCAGUGUGGCUGUGAACCUGCGCCCGCGGAUCUCCACAUCAGCCUUGUGGCCACUGCAGGCCAAUACACCGACCUUGGGGGUUUCCUUCAAAGAUCAGGCUGCUCGGGUGGUGGCGCUCCAAGCCACCUUAGAGGGGAAGUUGGUCUUGGAAAUGCCUAUGGUGGCAGCACGCUUUCGACAUCAGUGGGCCAUUGAUGUUCAAGCAAUGAACGACACCACAUCGUGUCAGGCAGAAGGCGUAGUAGGCGCCUCACGGAUUGCCUGCCGCUUUGUCGAUGACGUGCCGGUGCAGUUGGUGGUCUUCUGUGGCCCCUGCGCCUUGCGCAAUGCGCGGAUGCAGAUCACUGGAGGCGGAGUCGCCAAGACGGAGUUUGUUCACUCAGGAAGCAGGUAUCAUGAGACUAGCGAGCCAUGGAUUGGACUGUCCUCGUCCGGAGAAGCUCAAUGGGUGGUCGUUGUGAGAGACUCCAUUGACGGCCAGGACAAGGUGCACGAGUUUGUGGUCGCUGCUGUGAAGGGCCAAGAUGAAGUGCAGUGGAAGGAAUCGAGCAGCCAAAGGUACACCCGCCUGAUCGGCACGGUGUUGCUGCAGGCCACUUUCUUCGCAGCUGUGGCUCUUCUCUUCAUCCCCGUUUCCACAGCGGCGCGGCCCGCCGUUUGCGCCGCUGCUUUGGCGGUGCCAUACCUGGCACAGCUGGCAGCGCAGCAGGACUCGCCCAUCCUGCUGAAGUCCGCCUUCUCCUCUUGGCCCUUCAGCGAUGCGGCAGACGCGUGGCAUCUGCUGCUGGAGGUGUUAGUUGGGAUGCUAGGAGUCAUCGUCCUGCAUGGCUAUGCCGCGAUGCUGUUUCUCCGGGAAAACGGGCCCGGAUCGGCAGAGAUGAUGCCGCAUAGUUUGAGUUUCGGUUCCUGGGAGUUGCGUGCUGUGGGCUAUGUGGCCUUGCCCUUGGCUUCGGCUUCGGCUCGGAUCGCCUUCAACGGUUUUUCCUCGGGCAGGCUCUUCCACCUGUUCUGCGGCUCUUUGGGACUAGCCAUCCUGUUGGGAUUGGUCGCAUUGCCUUGGAAAGUCCUUCGAACUCUGAGGGAUUGGUUCCAGGAGGGCCGUGUGAUCUGUUUGCAGCAUCAUUCCGAUGGUCGAACUCAGUAUGUGGAUCGCGUUUGCGACCAGCUCUCGGCCAUUCCGGUGGUGCGACGAUCAAGGAUCCUGGGCAGCUGGACCGAAGCUGGCAGUUGGCAGAGUAGCCCUGCCGUGGCCAUGAUCCAAGAAGUGGAACAUCAUGGCACCUGCAAAGAGAGAGGAGGGGAUCAUUGGGAUCGACAUUGGUCGGCAGGACCUUGGCAGCCACUGCUGCCACACCAGUCGAGCACAGGCUCCGAGAUGCGCUCCUACACACCCGUCUCUGAAGGGUUGAGGCACCGGCCUGUCUCGGUGGAUAGUGCUGAACCUCUGAUCAAAUCGGGCUGGAGAUCACCCAAGGUGGCUGCCCCUCCCAGUGCGUUGCUGCGGGCGCAUCCGGUCUCAGUGACCACGCGUUUUUGCUUCGCACAGCGUCGGGGCUUCGCUGGAGUCUGCGGCCUUCCCUGGCUGGAUGCAGCUGUGCCAGCAGCGGACUUGCCUGCCAUAGAAAGCGCCGUGCCGCAGAUGAAUCUGCGAGUUCAGGCCCGGCAGCUCAGUGGUCCCUUCACCUCCGGCGCCUUGUCGGCGUGCUUCGAUGCGGCGAAUCGAAAGCCCUGGUGGUGGUCCUAUGACUUCUUCCUGAAGGUCAUGGCCGGAUGUCUUGUGGCGCUGGCACCUGAAACCUCCAUCGAAAGGCACGUGCUGCGAAUCGCGUGGCUCGCCUUCAUGACGCUCAAAGCCAUGGGGGUCACCUACACCUGGCCCCACGCACAUUGGACGGAAAAUCUGGUGGCCAUUUCGGCUGCUUGGGUCCUACCUGGUGGCACUGCCUUCUAUCUCUACGGCAAUGAGUUGAUGGAGCAUCGUGAAAAAGCGGUGCUGGCGCUUCUGACCUUGGCGUAUCUUCCAACUGUUCUGGCGCUGGUGGUUUGCCUCUAUUCCUUAAAGAUCACCAAAGAUCAGGAUCUUCCUGAGCAUGUGAUUGGAUGGGGCAAGCUGUCCGGCAACAGGCUGGGAUAUGAGCGCUUGAGUUUGGAUGAGGAUGACAGUCCGGGGAACGUCAAUCCGGAGGCCGUUGAUAUCCACCUGGCAGAUGCCGUGUUGGUGGCCUCGGAAGGUUCCAAGGUGCCGCGGAUACGACUGCCCUGCGAGGUGAAACUGCCUUUGCGACCCAUGCAUCUGUGGAUGAAGGGCGCCAUCGCCGUUAGCAGCUCCCUCACAGAUCGUCAACCGCAGGUUGCAGUGCCGGCUGAACUUCUCUUAGGGCGCCUCACAGGCGCCGAAAAUCCUUGGGCCACGGUGCUGACCCCUGAGGGCGGCUUGCUCUUGUACCGGGACCAGGAGACAAAUGGUGGGCUAAAGUGGCAGGAGGUCUUGAGGCAUUUCCUGCGUGGCCAAAACGCUUUGCUGCGUGAAGCGGAGCGUGUGCUCCAGGAGGAGAAGGAAAGUCUAACAGCCCUGGAGAUCUUGGAGUGAAAUUGCAGCAGGAGAGUCACAUGGAGCAGUUGUUGCUGAUCAACUAACUUGGUCGAAAUGGAA